AUGAGAUAAGAAGGAAUAACAAACCUAAGUUUCAAAUUUGCAGGGUUCUUCACCAAUAAUUUUCAAAAUCAUGACACGGUUUAUCAAACUUUUUCUUCAGAUAAUGUGAAACUCUUCAAGAAAAUUUGGACAAGUAACAUAAGGACAACUGUUGUUGUAAUGUCGUUUGACUCAGCUUCUCAAAUCACGAGAGAUCUUGUAUUGAGGCAGAGGAUGGCAUUAGUCAUGGAUGGAGAAUGUGAAAAUUCCCGGUACUAUUUAGAAGCGCUCAGUCAACAAGGUCUCUUCUACGAAAAUUACUUCUGGCUCAUUGAAACACAAGCAGUUGAUAAACUCGUUGUGUUGUUUCAAAAUUCAAGCCUAUUCGUCAACGCUGACAUUCUAGUGGCAGUAGGGAAGAGUAUGGAAAAGAUGGGACUAGACAUUUACGAAGUAUAUAACCCAUCCAAUCGUCACGGUGGAUCUCUGAAAAUAUCAAAAGUAGGCUCGUAUGAACCUGAAAGGGGUUUCAAUAUUUCCUGGAUUGGAGAAAAAUAUUGGCGUAGGAAAAAUAUGACUGGUUUAACUUUCAAAUCUGCCAUUGUGACACCCAAACCUGAAGAGGACUUGGAUGCUUAUUUGGCAAAUGAAAAAAACAGAGAAAUAAAUUCGAUGCAUAGAUUCCAAAGCGUUACAAUACGGCACUGCAAGGAUUUUUAUAAUUUUUCACUCAACAUGCAAAGAACUAACUCGUGGGGCUACAAACAAGCUAAUGGUAAAUUCGAUGGGUUAGUCAGCUUACUAGAAAAUAAUAUCAUAGAUUUUGGAAGUUCCCCAUUGCUGUUCAAAGAAGAUCGUCUACCCUUCGUAGAUUAUAGUUAUGGAAAUUGGAAACUGAGGUCUGCAUUCAUCUUCAAAAAACCGAAAAAAGUUGCUGAUUCAUAUACCAUAUUCUUAAGACCCUUAGAUAUCAAAGUGUGGAUACUCAUUCUGAUUUUCAUGGGUAUCAUCUUAAUCAAUCUGAGAAUAUCUUUUGGAAUGGGGUCUGUAUUAUUUUCACAUGACCCUAGAGUGGAAUCAAGUUGGAGCAUUUUGGUACUUUUCAUCAUUGGAGCUUUUUGUCAGCAAGGGGCUACUUGUUUUCCCCUUUCAUUCAGUUCAAGAAUUAUGUCUAUUUUCGUUUUCAUUUUCUGUAUUUUAAUCUAUCAGUUUUAUUCAGCAAGCAUAGUUUCUUAUAUAAUAUUGGAUCCACCAAGUUCCAUCACUAAUUUGCAAGAUCUUUUGGAUAGUAAUUUAGAGGCAGGCGUUGAAGAUAUUCUCAUUGACAGAAAUUACUUCGUGCAAACUAAAGACCCGGUAGCUAUUGAACUUUACAAUAAAAAAGUCAACAAAUUCAUUCAGGACAACAGCACUGGUUUUUACGAACCGUCUUCAGGCUUGUCUUUAGUAAGAGGAGGUGGCUUCGCCUUCCACGUAGAAACCAGUACAGCUUAUCCUAUCAUUCAAAAUACUUUCUCGAAUCAAGAUAUCUGUGACUUGGAAGAAAUUCAAAUGUAUCGCACCCAACCGAUGCACACCAAUUUACCUAAGCACUCACCAUUGAAAGAAAUGAUGAAUUAUUGUAUGUUGAGAUUGGUGGAAAGUGGAGUUAUGUUCCGACUGAGACGUUUCUGGGAUGCCAAGAAACCCGAAUGUAUAGAAACUGCUAAAAAAAUUGAAAUUCGAGUGUCAUUCAAGGAAUUUUCAUUCAGCAUCAUAAUUCUCACAAGUGGAGUCUUCAUUACCCUAAUAAUAUUACUGAUGGAAGUACUGAUGUCAAUACGAAAAACAAUUGGGAAAAAAAUUAGUCGAACAAAGCUAAUACAAAUCUUUAAAAAGUAUUUAAUUCGAAAUAAUAGCAAUUAUGUAAUGCAAUAUCUUGUGAUUGGUUUUGGCUUUAAAGAAGAGUGGGGGUUGAUCUUGUGAGAGAAGUCAUUCAAAUAUUGGGGGGGUUUACCUUAAAGUGCUUUGUUGCACCUGAAAAAUCAACAUUUCUCUAUCUGCAGUUGAAGUUAGUUAUUGACUCUUAGCUUCUUAAUAUUCAUAAAGCUUAAAUUUCGAUCUGCUUGUUUAGUGGCCGAUUGCAUUAAUACUGAUGUAUGGAGACUAAAGGUACCAUAGGAAAGAACGCUCCCCAGUCCCCAGUAGAAAAUAUGGAAAAUACUCCGAUAAAAAAAAUUAGAGCUCAGUAUUCUGAAUAUUCCUCACCGAAUUCUCAGAAUGAUGUUGGCGAUUGGAGAGAAGCGCUUAAUAAAUUCAAAAUCAAUAUUUCGAAUGUAUCAAGAGAAAAAUAUUCUCUCAAAUCUAGAUUGUAUGAUAACAAAAAACAGGUUUUACAGAAUUCUGGAGAAUCGCUGUUACAAAAACGAAGUGAAACUGAAAUACCAUCAACUAUAACUAUCAGGAAAAAAUAUAAAUCGCAUUUUGAAACAAUGAGAACGAGAAUUGAUGAAGAAAACGAAAAAUCAAAUCCUGAUAGAGCUAGAGUAAAUAUUUCAUAUAUAUCAAGAGAACAAGAUUCUGUCAAGUCUAGAUUGCAUGAUAACAACAAAGAACAGGUGUUACAAAAACGUGUUGAAACACUUGAAACUGAAAUACCAGUUUCGAAUACUAAAUUUAAACUACCACCAUCUGUAACUGUCAGGAAGAAAUAUAAAUUGCAUACUGAAACAAUGAGAAUGAAAAUUGAUAAAGAAAAUGUGAAGAAAGAAAUAAAAAAAUCCUAUCCUAUCAGAGCUAGAGUUAAUUCUAAACAAAAAUCUCAAAGAAAUUCGUUGAAGAAAUUCAAGGAUAAUCCUGAACGCACAAAUGAAAAAGAAGAAGAUGACCUACCGGAAGUAGGUACUUAUGAAGGUUUCAUAGCUAAAUUCUUAAAACCUAACAGAAUAUCCUUGAAACGUAAACAUAAUAGGGAUAUCAAAGAUGUAGGCAGUUAUUUAAGUUUCAAAGCUGGCAAUAAUGGAAAAAGAAAAUUCAAAUUACAUGGUUUUAAUUCUUCCUUGCUUAUAUCUGGUAAUUUGGUAUUAUUUGAAGAAUUAUUUUGAUGAUUCAUAUAGCGUUCCUGCCUACCUACCAAAUUAUAAGAAAAGUAUGAUAUAUUUAAACAUCAUUUGAAGGCUAUCUUUCAAGCCGAUUGUGAACUACUGGUGUGGAUCCAAUUAACAUUUCAUCAACCAUUCUUCCUGAUGGUGAGCCUACAUUAUAUUGUGUACAUUGGCCCUUAUAUGGAUAUGCAUAUUAUUUUUAGAUAAUGAUUCUGAAACCCACAUAAGCAUACCUACCCUUUUUGGGAUCUAGGUGGAUAAGAUAGGUGCGUUUAGCAAUAUUAAUACUUAUGACUUCUGAUGACAUCCAGUUUGGUUUUAAGAUUGUUGCAAGGUAUAUUUGUAUAUUAUAAACUGGGCUUUCUGAAAAAUAUAUUCAAGAUCUAUUAGAUAGUUGAAUAACUAUCUAUGUCUAUGUUGAGUAUGAAUAUUAACCCACCGCUAGGUUGUUCACUGAAUUCAAACUACGACUAGGAACUGUUUUAGUUAGACCGAAAACCACAAAGAAAAAAAUGUGAAUAAAUUAAAAACUUUUUAUUAUUUUAUUUAUUUUGAGAGCCUAUGUGUUCUGGUGAUUUUAUGUAUUAAAUAACGAUGUUUUAUAUUGUAUUAUAGAUGUUUUAAAAUGUUUUUGAGCAAAUAUCACAAAAUGAUAUUGAAACAAAAGGCUUUCAAGUGAAAUACACUCUGUGAUAGGAAUUUGCAUAUUUUUAGUGUGAUAGUGUAUAUUUACACUUUAUUCAAAGUAGGUGUAUAUAUGUUUAUAUAAGUAUGAAUAUAAUUAUAAUAAUCUGCA